AUGCUCGGCAAGAGGGGUAGCCUGGCCGUGGGGAUUGGCUGGAGCGGUGGCCCGGGCCCUGCCAUGGAGAACCAGCAGCUGCAGCCUGACUGUCUGUCUGCCUUCAAGCCUGUCCUCUGGUCCUUGGUGGCCCAUGCUUCCAAAGGCCGGGAGGAGGCCUCGUUCCCAGAAGACACAGAAUCGGAGGCCCUGAGUCGGCGCUGGAGAAACUACGCUGAUCUUUCUGAUGAUGAGGACUUGCUGGCGGAUGAGGCGUCUGGAGGUAUGGGGCAGUGUGGCUCUGGCCCUGAUCCUCUCCUCUCUUCUUCAGUCUAUUUCCGGGCCUUGGUGAAUUUCACAAAGUCCGUCGACUAUACCCCACGCCUGGACGAUGUCAACUCGGAGGAGUUUCAGGAUGUCUCCAAAGCGGUAGUGGAUACGCUGGAGUCUGAAUACUACAAGAUCCCUGGAGAGCAGAUGGUCAGCGUGGUCUUCAUCAAGGAGAUCAACGGCUACAUCUUUGUGGAGCUGGACGUGGGCUCUGAGGGGAAUGUGGAUGAAGAUCAGAUCCGCGAGGUGCUUUACUCGGUCAUUGAGAGCGGCUCCAUUGCUUCCUAUGUCACCUCAACGUGGGGCUUCCAAUUCCGCCGCCUGGGAGCAGUGACCCCCGUUGUGCGCGCCUGCACUGCCGAGGAGUUUGCUUGCCGCAGUGGAGAGUGUGUGGCCAGAGAGUUCCUCUGUGACCGCCGCCCAGAUUGUCGGGACAUGUCGGAUGAGCUGGACUGCGUCACUCCCCCACGGCCAGCCACCACUCGGACUCCGGCCACCAUGUUGCCAGUCACGUCCCGCCGGCCACCGGCCACCACCCCUGCUCGCGUUGUCACCUCCAAGCCUCUGCUGACCCCGGAGGUGCGCCCUUGCCGGAAGGACGAGGCCAUCUGCGCCAACAAGCAGUGCAUCUCGCGAGACUACCUGUGCGACGGCGAGAGAGACUGCCAGGACGGCAGCGACGAGCUGAACUGUGGCACCCCCAUUCCUUGUGAGCCCAAUGAGUUCAAGUGCCGCAACGGGCAUUGCGCCCUCAAGCUGUGGCGGUGUGACGGAGAUAACGACUGCGGGGACGGCUCCGAUGAGCUGAACUGCCCCACAAAGGGGCCUAGUGACACCUGUGGCCCUGACCAGUUCGUCUGCGAGUCCAGCCACACCUGCAUCCCCGCCAGCUACCAAUGCGACGAGGAGCAUGACUGCUCAGACCACUCCGACGAGAUUGGCUGCACCCCUCCUCAGGUCAUCACGCUCCCUGAGGAGUCCAUCCAGGCUGCCCCCGGGGAGACCGUCCGUUUCACCUGCGUGGCUGUCGGUGUGCCCACCCCAAUCAUCACCUGGAGGCUCAACUGGGGUCACAUCCCCACCAGUCGUAGGGUGUCCAUCACCAGUGAGAACGGCCACGGGACCCUGGUCAUCCGGGACGUCAAGGAGGCCGACCAGGGCGCCUACACCUGUGAGGCAAUCAACGCCCGUGGGAUGGUGUUCGGCAUCCCCGAUGGCGUACUGAGCCUCACACCUGGGCAAGGGCCUUGUCCCGAAGGACACUUCCAUAUCGAAGGGACCUCCCAGUGCCUGUCCUGCUUCUGUUUUGGCAUCACCAAAGCCUGCCACAGCACCAGCCGCCACCGCAGCCAGAUUCGCCUGCGCUUCGACGUGCCUGAUGACUUCAAAGGGGUUAACGUGACGACGCCGUCUCAGCCUGGCACGCCCCCCCUCUCCUCCACGCAGCUGCAGAUCGACCCCAGCUUACAGGAGUUCCAGCUGGUCGACCUCUCGCGUCGCUUCCUGGCACAGGACUCUUUCUGGACACUCCCCAGCCAAUUCUUGGGGAACAAGGUGGAUUCCUACGGUGGCUACCUCAGCUACAAGGUGCGCUACGGCCUGGCCCGCGGCCAGUCGGAGCCAGUGCACAAGCCCAACGUCAUCAUUGUGGGCAAUGGGCAGAAACUCAUCUACCGGGUGCAGGUGCCCAUGCUGCCAUUGAUGGUGAACCAGCGCCAGGUCCAGUUCAUUGAGGAGAACUGGCAGAAGGAGUCAGGUGCCCCGGUGAGCCGCGAAGAAUUGCUCCUCGCCCUGCAGAACCUGGAGGCCAUCAUGAUCCAGACCAUCUACGAUAACCGGAUGGCCAGUGUGGGCCUGAGCGACAUUGUGAUGGACACCACCACCACGGAGACCACGGGCCUCGGCGUGGCACAUGCCGUCGAACAGUGCAGGUGCCCCAUUGGCUACUUGGGCCUGUCGUGCGAGCAGUGUGAUGUCCAGUUCAAGCGUGUGCCCGGCAGGCGCUACUUGGGCACCUGUUCUGGCUGCAGCUGCCAUGGCCACUCCACCUCCUGCGACCCGGUCUAUGGGCAUUGCCUGAACUGCCAGCACAACACAGAAGGGCCUCAGUGUAACCAAUGCAAACCAGGCUUCUUUGGUGAUGCCACCAAGGGCACCCCCACUGCCUGCCGUCCGUGCCCCUGCCCCUACACUGAAGCCCCCCGCAGGUUUUCCAGCACCUGCUUCCUGGACACAGACGGGCAGGCCACCUGCGACGCCUGUGCCCCUGGCUACAUGGGCCGCCGCUGUGAAAGGUGUGCUCCUGGGUAUGAAGGGAACCCCAUCCAGCCAGGCGGGGCGUGCAUCAGGAUUGGGCAGGAGAUAGUCAGGUGCGAUGAACGAGGGAGCCGAGAGGCUUCUGAAGGCGCCUGCCGGUGCAAGCCCAACGUCAUGGGCCGCCUCUGUAACGAGUGUGCCAGUGGGACUUUCCACCUCAGCCAGAAGAAUCCUGAGGGGUGCCUGAAGUGCUUCUGCAUGGGGGUCUCACGCCAGUGUGCCAGCUCCUCCUGGCACAGGGACCAGGUGCGAGUGACGUACGAGGAUGCUGAUACUGGGCAGUUCACUCUCUCCAAUUUGGCCAACACCCGGACGGUCAGCGAGGGGAUCCGCUUCAUCGGGCUUUCGGAACUGACUUUCUCCUCCUUCCACGCCCUGCCACGUGACGUGUACUACUGGGUGCUCCCUGAGCGCUUCAAGAGGGACAAGGUCACCUCGUAUGGGGGAGAGCUGCGCUACACCAUCCUGCACACGGCCUCUCCUGGCGCCCCGCUGCUGCGUGGACAACCAGAUGUGCUUCUCCAGGGGAACGGCAUCUUCCUGGAGCAUGUGGGGAAAGCAACCCCCCUGUCUGGAACGCCCACCUCCUUCACAGUGCCCUUCCGGGAGCAAGCCUGGCGUCGUGCUGAUGGGCAGAAUGCCACACGUGAACACCUCCUCAUGGCGCUGGCAGACAUAGAUGUUUUCAUGAUUCGGGCCUCCUACUCUGAGUGGCCAACAGAGAGCAGGAUCUCAGGCAUCCACCUGGACGUAGCUGUGCCCCAUUCCACAGGGCUGGACACGGCUGUGGAGGUUGAGGAUUGCACCUGCCCACCAGGCUACCGAGGCCCUUCGUGCCAGGAUUGUGACGUCGGCUACACACGCACCACCAGUGGCCUUUAUCUGGGCACAUGUGAGCCCUGCGACUGCAGUGGGCAUGCGACGGAGUGUGACGCCCAGACUGGAGACUGCCAGAACUGCCUGCACAACACGGAGGGCCCCCGGUGUGAACGCUGCCAGCCAGGCUUUUAUGGUGACACCAGGCGUGGGAGCCCUGAAGACUGUCAGCCGUGCCCGUGCCACGGACCUUACUCUGCCAGCCAGGCCACCAAAACAUGCUUCCUGGACACAGACGGGCAGCCCACAUGUGACUCCUGCCACCCUGGCUAUUUUGGCCGUCAGUGUGAAAGGUGUGCUGCUGGCUACCUGGGCAAUCCGGUCUUGGGCCAGCCCUGCAGAGAACCAGGUGCCCAAUGCCAGUGUGACCCAUUGGGCAGCCUCAGCAGCCAGUGUGAUUCCAGUGGGCAGUGCCAGUGUAAGGCCCACGUGGAAGGGCCCUCCUGUAGCAGCUGCCGGGCCCACCACUUCCACCUGAACGCGGAGAGCCGGGAUGGCUGCUUGCCCUGCUUCUGCAUGGGAGUCACCCAGCAGUGCACCAGCUCCUCCUACUACCGGGACCUGGUCACCAGCCCCUUCCUUCCUGGGAACACCCAGGGAUUUUCCCUGGUCAACCGUCAGCACAACAUCCGCAUUCAGACAGGCUUCACCGUGGAGAUGUCGGCCGAGGGUCCUCAGCUCUCCUACGGCCGUUUUGGGCAGCUGAGGCAGGAAUCCUACUACUGGCAACUGCCAGAAAUCUACCUGGGAGACAAGGUCGGCUCCUAUGGGGGACGCCUUCGCUACACCCUUUCCUAUGACGCUGGAGGGAGAGGCUCCUCACUGCCGGAUCCAAACGUGCAGAUCACUGGCAACGAUAUCACGCUGGUAGCCUACCUGCCUGACCUGCAGCCCCGUGAACUCAAGAGCUUUGAGGUUGUCUUCCAGGAGCAACACUGGAAGCGGCCAGAUGGGCAGCCGGCCACCCGCGAGCACCUGAUGAUGGCUCUGGCUGACCUGGAUGAGAUCCUCAUCCGCACCACCUACUCCACAGACAUGGUGUCAGCCAGCAUCACUGGCGUCAGCAUGGAGACUGCCGUGCCCACCUACACCAACUUGCCACGGGCACUGGAGGUGGAAGAGUGCCGCUGCCCACCAGGAUACCAGGGCCUCUCCUGCCAGGACUGUGCAGCCGGUUACACUCGCACCGGGGGUGGGCUGUACCUGGGCCACUGUGCAUUGUGUGAGUGCAACGGACACUCAGACACCUGCCAUCCAGAGACGGGUGCCUGCUCAAGCUGCCUCCACAAUGCUGAUGGAGAGGUCUGCGAGCAGUGUGCCCCCGGCUUCUACGGAGAUGCCACUGCCGGCACCCCUGAAGACUGCCAGCCGUGCGCCUGUCCAUUGCUCAAUCCUGAGAACCAAUUCUCACGGACGUGUGAGAGCCUGGAGGCCGGAGGCUACCGCUGCACCGCCUGUGAGCCUGGCUACGCUGGCCAGUACUGCGAACAGUGUGCCCCAGGCUACGUAGGGAACCCCAACAUCCGUGGCCAGAAGUGUGUUCAUCAGGGUGGUCCAGACCAGCCUCCGCUCAUUGUUCAAGUGCACCCCCCGCAGACCGCGGUGUCACAGGGUAGUGAGGUCACGCUCUAUUGCCAGGUCAGCGGUCGCCCCCCUCAUUAUUUCUACUGGUCCCGGGAAGACGGGCGCCCCGUGUCAGGCACUGCCCAGCGCAGGCGGCAAGGCGAGGAGCUUCACUUCCCCAGCAUCCAGCCCUCCGAAGCCGGGGUCUACAUUUGCACCUGCCGCAACCCACAGUACAGCAACACAAGCCGGGCUGAAGUCAUUGUUACAGAAGCACCCAGCAAGCCCAUCAUGGUGACGGUCGAGGAGAAGAAGGUGCAGACUGUCCAGCCAGGGAGUGACGUCACCUUCGUCUGCACGGCCAAGAGCAAGUCUCCCGCCUAUACACUGGUGUGGACACGGCAGAAUCACGGCAAGCUGCCCAGCCGGGCCAUGGACUUCAACGGCAUCCUCACCAUCCGCAACGUGCAGCCCCAGGAUGCUGGCAUAUACAUCUGCACCGGCUCCAACAUGUUUGAUAUGGACGAGGGAGUCGCCACCCUCCAUGUGUCAGCUCCGUCCAAGACGCAGAUGUUCUAUGGGCCCGUAGAGGUGCUGGAAGGCCACAGACCCUCUGGGUCCGCCGUCCCCCCUAUGGCCACCAUCCAGCCCUCGCAGCUGAGCGUCCAGCCAGGCCAGCCUGCUGAGUUCCGCUGCGUCGCUUCAGGAAGCCCCCAGCCCACGGUGGAAUGGAUCGGUGGGCCAGGGGGUGUGAUUUCCCCCAAGGCACUGAUCCAGGGAGGGAUCCUGCGCUUCCCGGCAGUGGAGCCUUCCGAUGAGUCGCAAUACUUGUGCCGUGUGCAGAACAGUGCUGGGCAGCACAUGGCCCGGGCCUUCUUACAAGUGCAGAGUGCCAGCGUGCCUCAGGUGCAGGUGAGCCCGGAGCGUACAGAGGUGCAGGAGGGCAGCACGGUGCGGCUGUACUGCCGGGCUGCUGGAUCCCCCGCGGCCACCAUCACCUGGGAGAAGCAAGGGGGCAGUCUGCCGCCACAGUCCCGUGCAGAGAGGACGGACAUCGGCACCCUGGUCAUCCCCUCCAUUACUGCCGCUGACAGUGGAGUAUACCUUUGUGUGGGGAGCAGCACAGCAGGAGUUGGCCAAGCACGGAUCGAGGUGGAGGUCACCCGAGCUGCAGGUGCUCCUCCUGCGGUGAGAAUUGAGUCGUCUUCAUCAUUGGUUGUCGAAGGUCAGACGCUGGAUCUGAACUGCGUCGUUGCGGGCCAAGCAUCUGGGGCUGUGAUGUGGUAUAGGCGAGGAGGGUCCCUGCCAGCCAGCCACCAGGUCUAUGGGCCACAACUGCGGAUCCUGCGCAUUUCCGCUGCCGACUCUGGUGAAUACGUCUGCCGGGUUAGCAAUGGCGCUGGCCCCAAGGAAGCCUCCAUCACUGUGACUGUCCAGCAGGGCUCCAGCACCUCCCAGGAGGUCUCUCCAGUCCGCAUCGACUCUCCGUCGUCCUCCAUCCCCGAGGGACAGGCUGUGGACCUGAACUGCCUUGUCGCUGGACAGUCACAGCCCAGAGUGACAUGGUACAAGCGAGAGGGGGUGCUCCCUGCCAAUCACAAGAUUUCCGGCUCCCACCUGCGGAUUCUUCAGGCCUCAGCAGCAGAUUCUGGCGAAUACGUGUGCCGUGUGAGCAGCAGUGGCAGCACCGUCCAGGAGGCCUCUGUCGUGGUCACCAUCUACAGCACCUCCCAAACCUCAGGCAUCACCCCGCCUGUGAGGAUCGAGUCUUCGUCCCCCACUCUUGUGGAAGGACAGACCCUGGAUCUUCACUGUGUCGUCGCUGGCCAGACGGGUGCCACUGUCACCUGGUACAAGCGAGGCGGGUCCCUGCCAGCCAAUCACCAGGUCUCUGGCUCCCACCUGCGCAUCCCCCAGGCCUCCCCAGCAGACUCUGGGGAGUAUGUCUGCCACGUCAACUUGGACUCUGUCAUCAGAGAAGCCUCUGUCAUCGUAGGCAGGACCAGCUCCUCCUCUGCCUUAGGAAUCACACCCUCCAUGAAGAUUGAGGCUUCCACACCUCACGUUGCUGAAGGACAAACCCUGGAGCUGGACUGUACGGCUGCCCACCAGGAGCAGGCCACGGUGACGUGGUACAAGCGUGGCGGGUCCCUGCCAGCCAACCACCAGGCCUUUGGAUCCCGCCUGCGGCUGGUGCAGGUCUCCCCAGCUGAUUCUGGCGAGUACAUUUGCCGCAUCAGCCAUGGCUCCACCAUCCAAGAAGCCUCUGUCUUUGUCAGCAUCCGGCAGGGCAGCAUCGACUCUAUCCCCUCUGGCGUGAUUCCUCCGGUGCGAAUUGAGUCAUCCUCCACCUCCCCUGCUGAGGGACACACGCUUGACCUGACAUGCAUCGCAGCAAACCCCUCGCAGGCCAGAGUGACAUGGUACAAGCGAGGAGGGCCCCUCCCCCCCAACCACCAGGUCUCCGGUUCCCUCCUGCGCAUCCCCCAGGCCUCGACAGCUGACUCCGGGGAGUACGUCUGCCGCGUCAGCAAUGGCACGGCAGUUCACGAGGCCUCCCUCAUUGUCACCAUCCAGGGGGGCCAAGGCUCCUCCUACUCUGUGGGUGUCACCCCCCCAAUACGGAUUGAGACGUCCUCAUCCUCUGUAGUUGAGGGACAGACAGUGGAUCUGAAUUGCUUGGUUGCGGGUCAUUCUCAGCCCCAAGUAUUGUGGUACAAGCGAGGCGGUGCCCUGCCGGUCAACAGCCAGAUCCUUGGAUCACGUCUAAGAAUCCUGCAGGCCUCAGUGAGCGACUCAGGAGAGUACGUUUGCUACGUGAAUGAUGGCACUAGCCCCCUGGAGGCCUCGGUCAUCGUCUCCAUCCCCAGCAGCGCUGCCUCCACUUACCCUUCUGGCGUUGUGCCGCCAGUGAGGAUUGAAUCUUCAUCCUCGUCUCUCGUUGAGGGACAGACAUUGGAGCUGAACUGCCUUGUUGCCGGUCAGGCGCAGCCCAAAGUCACGUGGUUCAAGAGGGGGGGUGCCCUCCCAGCCAACCACCAGGUCGUGGGCACCCGCCUGCGCAUCCCACAGGUCUCCUCAGCCAAUUCUGGAGAGUAUGUCUGUCACGUCAGCAGUGCUGCCGUCACCCAGGAGGCUGUGCUGGUGGUCACGAUCCAAGACAGCGAUGGCCCCUCACGUCCCGCUGCUCGUCCCCUGAGGAUCGAACCUUCAUCGCCCUCCGUUGUUCAAGGACAGACCUUGGAUCUGACCUGUAUUGCCCCAGGCCAGCCACACGCCACAUUCACGUGGCAUCGCCGAGGGGGCGCUCUGCCCGCCAGUCACCAGGUCUCCAAUUCUCACCUGAGGCUGGUCGGCCUCAGCCUGGCUGACUCUGGCGAAUACGUGUGCCGCGAGCAUGGCGUUGCCGUCCCCCGAGAGGCUUCCUUGGUGGUCUCCGUGUCAGCCGGCACCAGCGCCGCUUCCCGUCUUCAGAGCCCCAUAAUCUCCAUUGAGCCCCACAGCACUGCGGUGCGCCAAGGGGAGGACAUAGCCUUCAAGUGCCGGAUCCAUGACGGCGCCCAGCCCAUCGAGAUCACCUGGAAGCUGCCUAACAACCAGCUGCAAGAUAAUGUGAAGAUCAGCCCCAACGGCUCUGUGGUCUCUGUCACUAAUGCACGCCCCCAAAACCAGGGGACAUACCGCUGCGUGGCCUCCAACCGCUUUGGGCUAGCCAACAGUGUGGUCAACCUUCUGGUGCAAGGACAGCCUACCGUCUCGGUGGUGCCCAAGGGCCCCAUCCAGGUGAAGGUGGGGAAACCCUUCAGUGUGGACUGCCAGGGCACAGGGGAGCCUCGCCCGCUGGUGCGCUGGAGCAAGCUGGGCGUCCGGCACAAGUUGGACAAUCAGAAGCCGGUGCCUCUGGAGAGCCGAACACUUUUGAAGGUCUCAUCUGCGCAGCUGGGGGACGCCGGGACUUACGUGUGCCUGGCUCAGAAUGCCCUCGGGAUGGCGGAGGCUCAGGUGGAAGUGAGCGUGGAGAGUGUCCACGGGAGACCUGGGGCACCUGAGGUCAGCGUGAGCCCCUCCCUGACAGUGGUCACUGGACAGACUGCUAGGCUCCGCUGCUCUGCAACAGGGCACCCCGUUCCUACCAUCCAGUGGUCCAAGCUGAGGGCUCCCCUGCCCUGGCAGCACCAGGUGGUGAACAACACCCUCAUCAUCCCCCGGGUGGCUCAGCAGGAUUCCGGGCAGUACAUUUGCAAUGCCAGCAACACCGCCGGGUUCACGGAGGCCUCCGUUAUGCUGGACGUGGAGUCACCACCGUAUGCCACCAGCCUGCCAGAUGUGGCGUCUGUGCGGGCAGGCGAAGUGGUGCAGUUCCAGUGCCUGGCCCACGGCACCCCGCCGCUGCGCUACGAGUGGUCCAAGGUGAACAGCAGCCUCCCUGGCCAUGCUGCGGUGCACGAGGCUGUUCUGCACAUCAGUCCUGCCACGCCCCAGGAUUCGGGAACCUACCGCUGCCUGGUCAGCAAUCGGGUGGGCUCCGCUGAGGCUCUGGCGCAGGUCUGGGUGCAAGGCCCAGUUGUAGGCCCCCCCUCGGUCCAGAUCUCACCCCAGAGUGAGACGAAGCCUCCGGGUGGCGUGGUGGAGUUCACGUGCUCAGCUGCCGGAGACCCCCAGGCACGGAUCGAGUGGUUUAAAGAGGAUGCAGAGCUGCCCCCCCACCACAGCAUCAGGAACGGAGUGCUUCGGAUUGAGAAGCUGGACCGGGGGUGCCAAGGCAUGUACAUCUGCCGGGUCAGCAGCCCCCAGGGCCAGGCUGAGGGCAGGGCCAGGCUGAUUGUCCAGGCACUGCCCAAAGUGAUGAUCAAUAUCCGGACGUCGGUGCAGACAGUGCUCGCUGGCAACGCGGUGGAGUUUGAGUGCCUGGCCUUCGGGGACCCCAAACCGCAUGUCACCUGGAGCAAGGUGGGCAGCCAGAUGCGGCCAGAGGUGCUGGUGAGCGGCGGCACGGUGAAGAUUGAGCGGGUGGAACAAGCUGACGCCGGGCAGUAUCGCUGCAGCGCCACCAACGAUGUUGGCACGGUCCAGUCCCACGUCGUCCUUCACGUCCAGUCCGUCCCCCAGAUAGCCGCCCAGCCAGAGGUGAAGGAAAUCACGGCCGGCUCCAAGGUGGCCUUCCCCUGCCUAGCCUCCGGCUUCCCGGUCCCUGACGUCUCAUGGACCAAGCUAGAAGGAAACCUCCCCAAGGAUGUCCAUACAGAGGGAAACAUCCUGACCAUCCCGGCAGCCCGGCUAGAAGACACGGGCGUCUAUGUCUGUACAGCAUCCAACCGACAAGGGAAAGUGACUGCUUUCUCCAUGCUGAAAGUGCGAGAGCGGGUAGUGCCAUAUUUUACCCAGAAUCCACAGUCCUACCUCGUCCUGCCGACCAUGAAAGAUGCCUAUAAGACAUUCGCCAUUGAGAUCACCUUCCGGCCGGACACUCCUGACGGGAUGCUGGUGUACAACGGCCAGAAGAAAAACACGGGCACCGACUUUGUGUCCUUUGGCCUGGUGGGGGGCCGUCCAGAGCUCAGGUUUGAUGCUGGUUCCGGCAUGGCCACCAUUCGCCACCCCUCCAUCAUCAAGCUCGGAGAGUUCCAUACAAUCCGACUCUACCGCAAUCUCACCCAGGGCUCCCUGGUGCUGGACCAUCACCCCCCUGUGAACGGCACAUCUCAGGGCAAAUUCCAAGGUCUGGACCUAAACGAGGGGCUGUACUUGGGCGGAUAUCCCAACUACGCUGCCGUCUCCAAGACUGGCCUCAGCAGCGGCUUCAUUGGGUGCGUCCGACAGCUCCUUAUCCAGGGGAAGGAGGUGAUCUUCAAAGACUUUGACUUGCAAGCCCACGGCGUGUCGAACUGCCCCACGUGCCAGGACCGGCCGUGCCAGAACGGAGGUGUCUGCAGAGACUCAGAGAGCAGCAGUUAUGUGUGCGAGUGUCCCGAGGGAUUUGUCGGCAGCAACUGCGAGCACUCCCAAGCCCUGCGCUGUCACCCAGAAGCCUGUGGUCCAGAUGCCACCUGUGUUAACAAGCCCGGUGGCCGAGGCUACAGCUGCCAGUGUCUCCUGGGCAGGCACGGGGAGAAGUGCAUGGCAGGCGCCACGGUGACCACGCCAUACUUCCACGGGGGGGAGGCCUUUGUUUCCUACCCGCCCCUUACCAACAUCCACUACGAGCUGCGUGUGGACAUCGAGAUCAAGCCCCUCUCCUCUGGUGGCCUCAUCUUCUUCAGCGGGGGCAACGGAGCCCCAGUGGCAGACUUUGUCUCACUCAGCAUGGCCGACCGGCACAUGGAGUUCCGCUAUGAGCUGGGGUCAGGCACCGCCCUUCUCCGGAGCGCAAAGCCCCUCGAGCUGGGCCAGUGGCACAAGAUCACGGCGGAGCGCUUAAACAAAGAUGGCUCCCUGCAGGUGGAUGAGGAGAGGCCCGUGAAAAGGUCCUCGCCUGGCAAAAGCCAGGGCCUGAACCUGCGCACACCCAUGUACCUGGGUGGCGUGGAUGAUACUAUCCAGCUGCCGGCAGCUGCCAACAUCAGCAGCCACUUCUACGGCUGCAUCGGGGAGGUUUCAAUCAAUGGGAAGAAGGUGGACAUCUCAUACAGCUUCCUGGAGAGCCGCAGCAUCUCCCAGUGCUAUGACAGCUCCCCCUGCGACCGCAGACCGUGCCAGCAUGGGGGCAAAUGCCUGCCCACUGGCGAGUACGAAUUCCAGUGCCUGUGCCGGGAGGGCUACAAGGGGGAGCGCUGUGAAGAGUCGGAGGUCCAUUGCCGGCUCCCACAUCCCUGCCUCAAUGGGGGCACAUGCGAGGAUGCAACGUGUGUGUGCCCCCCGGGAUUCCUGGGCUCAUACUGUGAACUUGAUGCAACGCAGCACCAGCUGAAUGUCGAGUGGACACUGGAAGGCAGCGGGGGAAACGAUGCCCCAGGACAGUAUGGUGCCUACUUCCAUGAUAGCAGCUACGUGGCACUACCACGGCAUGCCUUCCCCAGGAGCCUCCCCGACUCCCCAGAGACGAUAGAGAUGGAAGUGCGCACCAACUCUCCAAGUGGGCUGCUCCUCUGGCAGGGUGUGGAAGGGCAAAGCGGGAAGGCGAAGGACUUCAUCAGCCUUGGGCUGAAAGAGGGACACCUGGUGUUCAGCUUUCAGCUCGGCAGUGGGGAAGCCAACAUCCUGUCCGAAGACCCCGUGGAUGACGGCGAGUGGCACAAGGUGACGGCCAUUCGGGAAGGGAGACGAGGCUUCCUUCAGGUUGACGGUGAGGAAAUGGUAUCCGGGGAGUCUCCUGGCAAGAACGUCAUGGUGAAUGCUAAAGGUCGAGUUUACAUAGGAGGAGCACCUGAUAUCCAAACCUUGACCACAGGCAAGUACAUCUCAGGACUCACAGGGUGUGUUAAGAACGUGGUGCUGCUGAACGAGAGGCCGGGCGAGCACCCCCCGCCCCCGGUGGACCUGCAGCACCACUCCGAGGCCAGCCUGAACAUCCAGGAAUGCCCCUCAUAGGCCAGGCCAGCCUCUUCCGCACUCC